AAGAGUCCAGAGUACAAUACUUCUAAAGGCGAGACGUGCGGAAGCACAGUAUAAGUGUUUAUCCCAUCGUGAUAUAUCUGUGGGAAUCAGGCGAUACUACAGACCACUGCAGACAUGACAUGUUUGGCUUGUUUUGAGCCGUCAGGUGACGACAAUGCAUUUCCUCCCACAAAAGCCAGCAAGACUUAUCUUCCAAAAGCCAUCAGAGCUGCUGCCCGUGAGCUCGUCUCCCUGCACACUGAGCGGGACAGCCCUUUGUCUCAACUAGGCUCCAGCCAUCAGGCUCAACCAGCUCCAGAGGGAUUGAUUACCUGGAUGGAAGGAAGCACGUCAGAUAUCCUGUUGGUUUUAUUCUAAGGGGUUUGUCAUCAAAUGUGAAGUCUUUUUUUUCCUGAGUAAAGACAUGGAUCAAGGAGGAGGGGUGUUGGAGCUGCACACUCAGGAGCUAAAGAUGCCCCACGCUAUGAUCAUGCAAGACUUUGUUGCAGGCAUGGGAGGUCUGGCUCACAUUGAUGGGGAGCAUAUUGUGGUGUCUGUGCCCGAGGGCAUGCUUCUUUCUGAUGUGAUGACGGACGAGGGCAUCCUCCUGGAGCAUGGGCUUGAGGUGGAGGGCCUGGAGACUCAGGUAGUUCAAGGCCUGGAAACAGAGGUGGUUGAAGGACUGGAGACUGAAGUGGUGGAGAGCUUACACGCAGAUGUAGAGGGCCUGGAGGCAGAAGUGGUUGAAGGCCUACAGACACAGGUUGUAGAGCUGGAGGCUCAGGUUGUCGAGGGCCUCGAGGGUGAGGUGGAAGUGGAGGGUCUCGAGGCGCAAGUGGUGGAGGGCCUGGAAACUGAGGUAGAUGUUGACGGCCUAGAAGCACACGUCGUCGAGGGCCUUGAGGAGGAAGUGGAAGUGGAGGGUUUGGAAGCUGAGGUUGUUGAAGGUCUGGAGGUUGAUGUGGAAAGUCUGCAGUCUCAAGGGGUUGAGGCCCAUGAAAUGACCAGCGAGGACAUGGUGCCCUCAGAACACAGCGUGAUCAUGCCCGAGAAUAUCCUGGGGACGGAGGUUGCAAUAGAGGAAGCUCUUGACCCCCACCACCACCAUGUCCUUACCACAGACCUCAUCCAGGACUCAAACCACCACCACGAUGACAUGCCAGACCAGGUGUUUGUGGCAGAGCUACUGUCAGAGCACCAGGACAACACCCUGGACCACCAGCUGGUGUCCGAAGGCUUGAUGGUGACAGAGGCCAGCUCAGAGACCAUAAUCCACGAACAGCUGCCAACUGAGGCUGUUCCCCUGCAGACAGAUGAGGACGAUGAUGCAAGAAGCAGCUCUGAGGAUUACCUCAUGAUCUCCUUGGAUGAGGUGGGAGAGAAGUUGGACAUAGGAGACACUCCCCUUGAGAUCAGCACUGAGGUAAUGGAAGAUAAGGAAUCCAAAGAGGAGGACGGCUCUGAGGUCAUCAAAGUCUACAUUUUUAAAGCUGAAGCAGAUGACGAUUUAGGUGGAACAGAGGUAAUAACAGAGGAUGAUUAUCAGAAUGGCCAUCCUGACCUGGAAGCUGCAUCAUCAGGAAGACUGGGAGUUGGUCGUGACAAGAUGGUCUACAUGGCAGUCAAGAACCAUCCUAAAGAAGAAGAUGAUGAUGAUGAAGAUGACAGUGAUGAGGAUGACGACGAUGACAUCAGUAAUACCAUUGAUCAGGUGAAGAAUGGCGCAGCUACACCGUUUCUGCAAAUCCGAGAGGGACUGGGGGCAAACCGUACCCUUAAACCCAAAGCUAAGAAAAAGAAGAAAGGAGAGACACGACAGUGUCAGACCGCUGUUAUCAUUGGACCAGAUGGCAUGCCUUUGACAGUCUACCCCUGCCACAUAUGUGGAAAGAAGUUCCGCUCACGAGGCUUCCUCAAAUGCCACAUGAAGAACCACCCGGACCAUCUGCUGAAGAAGAAGUACCAGUGCACAGACUGCGACUUUACCACCAACAAGAAGGUCAGUUUCCACAACCAUUUGGAGAGCCACAAGUUGCUGAGCCACAACAGCGAGCGGUCUCCAGAAUACACUGAGUACACACGGCGCUACCACGAGUCUAGCCCCCUGGGCUCUGACAAGCUCAUCGUCAAGGACCGAGAGCCCAAACUGCAUCACUGCAAGUACUGCGAUUAUGAGACAGCUGAACAGGGCCUACUCAACCGCCACCUCCUGGCUGUGCACAGUAAGAACUUUGCACACGUGUGUGUCGAGUGCGCCAAAGGCUUCCGCCACCCGUCAGAGCUGAAGAAACACAUGCGGACCCACACAGGCGAGAAGCCCUACCACUGCCCGCACUGUGAGUUCCGCUGUGCGGAUCAGUCCAACCUAAAGACUCACAUCAAGAGCAAGCAUGGCGCAGAUCUGCCUUUCAAGUGCAGCCACUGCCCUCAAGCCUAUGCGGACGCCCGGGAACUCCAGCGUCAUAUAGAGAUGGUGCAAGGCCACAAGACCCACCAGUGCCCGCACUGUGAGCACAAGAGCACCAACUCCAGUGACCUGAAACGACACAUUAUCUCUGUUCACACCAAGGACUUUCCCCAUCAGUGUGACGUGUGUGAGAAAGGCUUUCACAGGCCCUCAGAGUUGAAGAAACAUGCGGAGACACACAAGGGCAACAAGGUGCACCAGUGCCGGCAUUGUAACUUCAAUGCCCCCGACACUUUCACCCUGAGCCGCCAUAUUUUGUCCUUGCAUACGAAGGACCUCCCUUUUAAGUGCAAGCGCUGCCGGCGAGGCUUCCGACAGCCCGCUGAGCUGAAGAAGCACAUGAAGACACACAGUGGCAGAAAGGUAUAUCAGUGCCAGUAUUGUGAGUAUAACAGUACGGACGCUUCUGGCUUCAAACGCCAUGUCAUCUCCAUUCACACCAAGGACUAUCCCCACCGCUGUGACUACUGCACCAAGGGCUUUAGGAGGCCUUCAGAGAAGAGCCAGCACAUAGCCAGGCAUCACAAAGACAUGUUGAUGUAAUGUCAUCGCGCACACAAACACACACUUUCCCGUAAAUCUGUGUCACACACCCAGAGGUAAUUUUAGUGUAUUAACAAAGAAAUGACGGAUGUAGGCUGUUGAUGAAGACGAAAUAAUUGCCGUUCUGUGUUCCGUGUUGUAAUGGGUGUAAACCUCGUCCCCCAGGGGUAAUACAAGAACACGUUUUAGAUGGGGCUGAAGUCUAAAAAAAAAACAGUGUGUACAUUGAGUGGGACAACUGUAAAUUGUGUUUUUGUUUUGUUGCAGAAAAUCACAUAUGAACAUAUAUUCAGGGUUUCAAAUGUCUAUAUUUUUAUACCCACUCAGCUGAAAUGCUGCAAGAUGACGACUUUGUCCUGUAAAACAGAAAGCGGUGCUUUGUGAACGUCACGCCAGUUCAUCAGACGAUGUGGACUGAGUACAGGAGAAGUUUGCCUCCACAGUACCAACUAGUAUCUAUUUUCCUUAUUAACCAGCUUUUACUCUGACAUUUGUUUUCAAUGCCAUCUGGUCUUUAAUGGGCAGAGCCAUUCACCAGUUCAUAAAUGGUUUUCAGUGAUGUUGACACACAUUACGCACCUUAAAAAGAUAUUUCAUUAAUUGUAACAGUUGAACUUUCAUCGUUUUGAAUUUUCCUCCCAAGCGUGAAACACUCAGAGUUUCCAUUAUUUAAAUCAUGUAUAAUAUAGGCUAUAUUCUGUUAAAUAUGUCGUAAAAGAUGAAUCAGAAAUUUUCUGGUCUAAUCAGCCGUGUCUAGCGAGGAGGAGAAGGGUUCAUUUGAUAUAUUAGUAGAAUAUCCCUUUAGUGUACACAACACAUUUCUGACAGAAAUCUGCUCGUCCGCCUGCUACGAUGGUGCCGAUAAUUAACAGGUGUGUUAUUGUAUGACCAUCACAGAUGGUUGGCUUUACGUCAGAUACAGGUCCCUGGAGGGGUUAUAUCUGACCGCCACUGUAAGCUGCAUGUGUGACGUUACUGAUGACACAGACGUGCUCUCUCAGCUAACCAUUUGAUUGCAAUCAUGCCUUACAUCUGUUUGGUCUUUAUCCCUUAAGCACUGAUGAACACAGCUAAUAAAAAAAAAACAAGUGAUUUUUAACUCUCAAACAUGCUGUAUCAAUACCAUUCUCUCAGAGAUUGUGUGUUUGAGUCAGUAGAAAGCACUUUAAUAACUUUUUUGUAUUUUAAUUACACGUAUGGGGUCAAAAUAUAUAUAUGUAUAUACAUAUAUAUACACAUAUAUAUAUGUAUAUACGAAAACCCUAGGUAAUAAACAAGUACAGAGCUUUGUGAGUGGGUAAAGGUAAAGAUUGUUUUGAGUGUUAUCUCUAACGUGGGCACGAUCCAUUACAGCAUCAAAACUGAAUUGUCAUUGAAAGUGGUGGGUGAAACCAUUUAUUGUUUUGUUCUAUGGAUAAGUGAUUGGGUUUUGUGUUUUGUUUGUGCUCACUAACAAGUUUCCCCAUACCCUAGUCCUACAGUCUAAAUAACCCGACCCAGUCCCAAUCAUUGGAUUAUUCCCUUGAAGUCAGUGGUCAUCAUAUUGGCAUUAGUCUUUAAAGUAUGCACAUAUGCUGUCUCCAUGAAAUUAAUUGUGGUAUAUAUUAAAAAUCCCUGCAUUUCGUGUACCUUAGUCUAUAUUUUCUUUCAGUCUGAUUGUGGAUAAACUACUGGUGGGGAAGAAGCAAAAUAAACAAUUAUCUUUU